CUUCUCCUUUAGCUAGUCGGGGAUGGGGAUGGGGAUGGGGAUGGGGAUGAGAUGAGAUGAGAUGAGAGGAGAUGAUCACGCGGUCGAAGCUCGCGGAUCAGCUGAGGGAGCAUCAGAUCCGAUCCCAUCGCGCUACGUGGCUCGCCCUCACCACCUUCUCCCCCAAACCCUACAUCGCCACCAGAUUUUGGAUCAUCACCAUGGCAAAAUCUCAGAUUUUGGAUCAUCACCAUGGCAAAAUCUCAGUGGUGCUGUUGUCGAUGCAUGAUGCCUGCUUGAUGAAAUUGUCAAGAAGGUUUCGGUCGAGGAGUAGAUGUUAAACUUUGUGGACUUUGUUUUUAUUGGUGCUGUUGUUGAUGCAUGAUGUUUGUUUGAUGAAAUUGCCAUGAAGGUUUCGAUCGAGGAAUUGAUGAUUGGGUAAAAAACUUUGUAGUUUAUAUUUAUAGUAAGUAGUAUGGCUUAUCUUGUUCUAUAAGGCUUUGUUUGGGAUUACAGGGAGGAUGUGUUUCAUUAGGUGAGAAAGUGCGAUGGAAAGAUAUCACGCUGUAAUGUUGUAUAGAUCACAAUCAUUCAGUUAUGACAUAAUUUAUGCUGUCCCACUGAAAAAUGGAGAAGCAUAUUUCUAUAUUCUUUUGCUCCAUCUUUUUUUUAUCCCAAUAGUGUUAGAUAGCCCUCAUCACCAAAUGAGGCCCAAGUAUGAUAGGAUAGUUGCUUGGAGUAAUUGCGAUAUUGAAAUCUUGAUUGUUUAGGAUAAACUUCAAAUUUUAGUUUCAAUCGUGGUUUUGAUCUAUACCAAUCGGCCUGGCUCAUGUUUGUGCUGGGGUUUAAUCUAAUUUGACCCAAAACCUGAAUCCCAAAUGAAAUUUUGAUAGGUUUCAUGUGGAGGAUAAAACCCAGAAGAACAAUUCAAACAUUUUAGUAGAUCAAAAUUUUAUGCAAUCUUAGAUUCUAACGUGGCCGACAGAAAGGUCCUUUUGCAAAAUGGGAAUGGUAAACUCAGAGUACCAAAGUGAUACAAAUGAAGCCAUGGGUCGCCGAGGUGAAAAUAUGCUAUACCAGAGGGCCAUGUUUUCAAGUUUACCCUUAUUUAUGGUCUUCGUGAUUAUGUUGGCUUAAAAUGAAGACCUAUCCUUUAAGGCAAGAUCUCACGUUAACGCUCCUUGUUAUUAAGAUGGAUGGAUUUUUGAUGAAUGCUACAGUACCCAUUUGGUCGGGCUUAUUGUGCUCAUUGCGGAAUGCAACCACCGCCAUGAGAUGUUUGUUGGGCACUUUUGCGCAAGAGGUUCACUCCGCACCCGCAGCUUCACUGUUUUUUGAAAAGCUGCAAGCUCACAGCUUUUCACCACAGCUACAUAGUGUGGCACAGGAGUGGGCCGCACUGCUGGGCCAAACAAUGCCCAAAUGGUUUGCUAUACUCUUUUUGUUCCGUGAGAGUCUUGCUUGAUAGAAUUAGAGAAAGUAUAUCCAUUAGUUAAUAGCCUUCUUGCUUGAUAGAAUUAGAGAAAGUAUAUCCAUUAGUUAAUAGCCAGUUAACAAAUGUAGUUGUAAAUAAUUUUUAGGCAAGAGGAUAGAAUUAUUCCUCUAAUAUGUUUUUAUCAGUAUGCUUAUUUUAACCAAUAGAACAGAUACUUUAGCGUAGUUGUGAUAUUCUACCCUAGAGUAAAGCACUUGUCAACGUAGGUUACUUUUGUUGGUAGUAAUAGGCUGGAAGGUGAGUAUUUUAUAUUUAGUUAAUAACAAAUUGCUUUAGGAAAAAAAAAACCUUUGUGUAGGAUAAAAUGCUAGAGUACUGAGAUUAGUAGCUUGCCGUAGGUUAGAGGCGCAUUGUCAUUGCCGUAAGAGCACUUGGCCCUCUUAUGAAGGUGAUAUGGCAAAAACACUCUCAAGGCACAAUUUACCUGACUCGAUUUUAGUGGCUUCUCAAUUGACACACCCAUUUAGAUACAAUAUGACCCAUUGAACUUUGAUUGCCAAAGAAAUUAAUUUUGAAAAAGAAGGUUUAAGGAAAAAGGAAAGUAAGAUUAAACUAUAGUUAUGUUGUCUCUGUUAGGCCCUUUAAUAAGCAAGUCCUUGUAGUUUCAAAUGAGUUGACCUGUUGAGAUACAAUUGUCUUCUUCCCAUCAGGUCAUUAGACUUAAUUAGCAUGGGCAUAUGUGAUGUAGCAUCUAAAAUAAGCCGUUAAAGUAGUAGACCCUCAUUGAGCCUAAGAUUUAAUUUGACUUAUGUGAUUCUCAUGUUGAAAUAACCAUCAUGGCGACAAGUUCACAUCAAUAAUUUAAAGUUCACUGCUAGAUAUGAAUUGCUGAUUGGAGAAGAUUUGGGACUUCCUCCAUCAUUUUCUUGAUCAAAAGGAUAAAAAGAGGCCUAUCAGUGUAGGGCCUUUCCCUCUUAUGUAUGUAACAUUCCUCCACAAAAGGGGCACAUAAUCGUACAAGUACCUACAAGAAAAUAAUAGAAAAAAUUUAGUGAAGGUGAGCAGUAAAUACUGUAUAUGCAAUCUGAUUAAAGGAACGUUUGACAAAUAAGGAUGUAAAUAGUAAUAUGUAUUGGUCAAUUAUAAAUUAGUUUUAAAAAAACAUUCAUUGAUCAUCAGAAAAUAUCAUUUCAUUAUGUGAGAUCUACAAAGAUUUAGCAGAUCAAUUGACUGGGCCUUUCUAUC